AUGCACAAGGAACCCCCACAUUCCGGGUUUGAAAAUGAGGGCGUUGGUACGCGGUUCAAGAACACCGAUGUGGCAAAGGUAGUGGUGCAACUUUAUGGUGAGCAAGCAGCAGUCAAACCAGCGUUCUGGUAUGGUGUUCUGGACUCGCAUGUGGUUUUCCUCAAGAUCAAAUCGCAUUUUGACAUUAUCAAAAAGAGGGCUAGAACUGUGACCUGUUCAGUGAUUACAGUUGGCAGACGGCCCAUUCCGGCUGUCCUCUGUUGUUAUGUAACGAACUCAACGGCACAUGAUACCUCUAAUUCAUUAAAUCUCCGCGACUUUCAGACAGAGAAUUAUCACUGGGCUCAGUUGAUUUUCUGGCUUGGGCCGGAAAGUGGGACUCUCCCCUUUCGACGUGCAACCCACUCCGGCAUACUCGAGCCUUCCGACGAAGACUCCAUGGAGUUCUUCAUCUGGCCAACGAAGUCCGUCAUUCUCAGUGACCAUGGCACGAGGCACCGCCUGCACCACAACACCCGCGAGCAAAAACAAAGCAAUCUUGACCCGCAUUCAGAAGAGCUGUAUUCAUUGGCAGGUGCUGGAAUAUAUGGAUCAUUGAGCAGUAUUGCGAUACGGUUGAUCAAAUGUUGCAAACUUUUGGUAUUGAAUAUUGGGAAUCCCGAGGGUUCAUUUUCUGCGGAGAAUCGUGCAUGGCGUAAGAGAUCCUCUGGCUGGUCCAAUCGUGAAGUGGUCAUCCGCGGACGUCCGGCGAGGAUGACUGAUCACAAGUCUGAUAUUAUGGGCCGCUCAUCAAAUUUCAGCGGCCGCGUAAGACAAAUCUCAGUUCGUGUCUGCAACUAUCUACGAUCAGUCGCGUUUGGAUAUGUCGCAUCAUUCGCAAACGAAGACAUAGGAAGCAUGUCGGAUAACGAUUUUCGGUUCGUCAGCCGCGUGAAACUUUGCAUUGGAAAGUUGCGGUCCUCCGGAGGGGUCGUUGCUCGUCAGCUUCGGUGGCAAGGUUUGAGACCCGGCAAGACCCCCCACAGCAUCGGGCAUUCCAACGCUUUUAUUGGAGAGAAUUUCCCGAAUUAUCCCAGCUAUCAUCUACAUAGGAAGACUACGCGGGUCUUGGGCGGGUGUGAUAUCGGCUCUGGGAUUUCCCUUCUCCCGUCGGCUGAAAUUUCACUGACUAUUUCUUUAGCUGUAAUUCUGCUAUCUUAUGGUGGUUUUGUUGCUGUCGGCACGGGCACAAAGCUAUCAAAAGAACAGCCGACUAUUACCAAGACAGCAUCUUCAAGCGAUCCUUUCACGAGUCUAAUCAUCUUUUCUUCAAACCGAGAAGGAUUUCAUCUCAUCGACAUCAGACCAAAGCUCUUACAGAACCCACACGCCGUUAAACCGGAUCCCAGUAUAGCAAUCAUCCCCUUCACUCUUCAAAGGACUGGGGGACACCUUACGGAUCUCAAUUCUCAACCUAACAUCAAAGAUGGUUGGAUCCGCUUGAGCAAUGGGCUUUUCCUGAAUGCCCGAUAUGAGAAGACAUACUCAAUUCGAAUCUUAAGCUAUGACCCGCUGAUUGUAUAUGUUGUUGAGUUUGUGAAGCCGUUAUUUGAGAGAUCGACAGUGUACAACAAUGGCGCUCAAGAGAUAGAUAUGGAUCGAACGAGCAGCACCGCAUAUCUUGCUGACGAAGGCCGCAUUGGCCAGCGACACAUUAGACGAGCCUCCGAGAUUCAGGGCUACGCAAAUGAGAGCCUUCACAAAUCGCUACAACUUUCGCGAUAUGGCCCCGGCCAGCUCUUCAGUCCCCACGUAGACCCUCCUGAGGACACCACAUGCGAUAGGUGCGGGACCCAGUUCCCGAAUAUUCUCCUCAACUGGACAUUAGAAGAUCCAAGCUGGUGCAAAUUUGUGGAAUGUCGCGACGUCGUGGCCCUCUCAGUCAAGGCUGUCCCCGGGAGACUCGACCCGAGAACACUCUACGCUGGGUUAGCUCCUGAAAAUGAUAUCAAGACUGGUCUUAACAUAUGA